CAAUUCUGUUUCAGUUGUUAGUUUGGUUUUAGAAUAUUUUAUGUGUCUAUUUGGUUUUUUUUUUCUAUUUUAAUUUUUUUAUUUUCUAUCAUUCGGAAUAAUUAAUUAUGGAGAAACUUCGAAUUGGUUUAGAUGUCGAUAUUCAACGUACAAAUGGUCGAAUUCAUUCUGCUGUUAUAAGUAAUGUUGAUUAUGUGAAUAGGAGUGUUACAGUUGAAUGGUCGGAAUCGGAAGAAAUUAAAGGAAAAGAGAUUGAUUUUGAAUCUGUUUACUUACUUAACCCUAAUCUUUGUGAUGAAUCUUCAAAUCAGAGUAAAACUGUUGCUCCAAGAAGGGUAGGUAUCCUAUUCCCAUCAACGCUGAAUAAGUAUAAUAGUGAAGAGGUUCUACCACCUCGACCAUCAGUUGCUGCUCUUAAUUCAACUAAAGGAUCGCUUAGAAUGAGACAACAACAAUCACGUCAAACAAUCAGCAAUGGCAAUGGAAUGAGUAUACCGGAAGCCUUGCCGACAGUUCUAACAUCAGCUCCUUGUGGUUUAAUCAACCAGUCGACACUUAAUCAAACUAUAGCCCAAAAAUCUGCGAUAGGUAUUCCAGUUGGAGCUAAAGAUGCGCAGUCAAGGCGACGAUCAAAUGUAGUGAAAGAGGUUGACAGAAUUAAGAAACAACGAGAAGAAAGGAGAAACCGUCAAGCAGAACAGAAACAAGAGAAACAAGAUUUAAUGUCAGCUGUUGAUCAAGGGAAUCCAAAUUGGGAAUUUUUAGGAAUGAUUCGUGAAUAUCGAUCACAAAUUGAAUAUAAACCAUUAAGUAUGGGAGAUCCGGUUGCAUAUCAACAAAUUUGUGUCGCUGUAAGAAAAAGGCCAAUGAAUAAGAAAGAAGUUGGAAAGAAAGAUAUCGAUGUGAUAACUGUGCCCUCAAAAGAUUUAAUUGUUGUUCAUGAGCCUAAACAUAAAGUUGAUUUAACACGUUACUUGGAGAAUCAUAUGUUUAGAUUUGAUUAUGCAUUUGAUGAAACCGCUGAUAAUGAGCUGAUUUAUAGAUAUACCGCCAAGCCUCUUGUACAGACAAUAUUUGAAGGCGGAAUGGCUACUUGUUUCGCCUAUGGUCAAACUGGAAGUGGUAAAACUCAUACAAUGGGAGGUGAUUUCAAUGGUAAAUCUCAAGACUCAUCCCGAGGUAUUUACUAUUUGGCAGCACGAGAUGUAUUUAAACUUGUUAAAUCUCCUAAAUAUCGGAAUGAAGAUUUUGUAGUCUAUGCUAGUUUCUUUGAAAUUUACAGUGGAAAGGUUUUUGAUCUUCUAAAUAACAAAGCAAAGCUGAGAGUGUUGGAAGAUGCCAAAAAUCAGGUUCAAGUUGUUGGUCUACAAGAGAGAUCAGUGGAAACUGUUGAUGAUGUUUUGAAAUUGAUUCAAAUGGGAAAUAAUAUUCGUACUUCGGGUGUUACAUCGGCCAAUAAUCAUUCCUCUCGAUCUCAUGCAGUUUUCCAGAUAAUAUUGAAACGAAAAAAUAACAAUCGACUUCGAGGUAAAUUCUCACUAAUUGAUUUAGCUGGAAAUGAGAGAGGAGCAGAUACAUCAUCAGCUAAUCGACAAACUCGUAUGGAAGGAGCAGAAAUUAAUAAAUCACUUUUAGCAUUAAAAGAAUGUAUCAGAGCUCUUGGCAGAAAAGGAGCUCAUUUACCUUUUCGAGCAAGUAAAUUGACACAAGUACUUCGAGACUCAUUUAUUGGUGAAAAUUCAAGAACUUGUAUGAUUUCCAUGAUUUCACCUGGUAUGCAAUCGUGUGAGCAUUCAUUGAAUACCCUUCGAUAUGCUGACAGAGUAAAAGAGCUUGGAGCUGAUAAUCCCGGACCGAGAAAUAUUGAAUAUGAAGAUGAUGACAUGUUAACCAAGAAUGGUGAUGAUUUAGCAUUACUACACAAUUCAAAUGCUGAUGAUUUACCAGAUGAUUUAUAUAAUUUCCAUGAAACUUUAUCCCACCUUCAAGAGAUGGAAGAUGAAAUACUCGAUAUUCACAAGACAUUUGUUGAGACUUUACCCCAAUGGACAUCAUCUCAUGCUCAACUUUUAAAAAUGACCGCUGAAGUUGAUUACGAUGUUGAUUCUUAUGUUGCCCAAUUAGAGGAUUCGUUGGAAGAUCAUAUUGAAGUUUUAACACGAUUUAAGGAAAGGGUGGGCAAUUUUAGAGGACAAUUGGCCGAGGAAGAGUUAAUGAGCAAACGGAUAAUCAAAUAAAUGCUCUAACUCAACUCUUCCUCCAAACCUCCAACAUUGAUUGUCAUUUAAUGUACAUUAUAUAUGAAAGAUUAAUCAACAUCAUCAAAGGAUAAUAUUCAAAGUUAUGUAAGGAAACACUCAAAGACUAUUAACAAUAUCAAUCAAAUUGGAAAAUGGAAAUUGAUUAAUCAAACAAUUGGCACUUUAGUAAACAAUUAAGUGACCUCGAGGAUCAGGCAAAAAAAGAUUAACCAACAACAAAAAAACUGCUCAUUUGACACUUAAUUGAGCAAUUUAGUGAUGAUAUUUUAAUCAUUUUACUCUCUUUUGGGAUUAAUAAUCAUUAUCCUUUUCUCAUCGUAAUCACCAUUCACAUUCACCAACAAAACUCAAUAGGCACACCUAAAAAUCAACAACAAUUACAAAGUUAUUGGAUUUAAUCAACAACAACCAAUCUCUUUCAUGUUUACGAAAUUUCAACAACAACAACAACAACAACUAAAAAAGGAUAAUCAAUUCAAUUACCUUUCAAGCCCUUUUCAAAUUGCAUUCAUCAUCACCAUGAUCAAGGAAAAUUAUUAUAUUUAUAAUACCAAGCGAGAUACUAAUCAAGCAAACAAUCAAAUAUAACAGAGUGAAAAUGUUAAUACUUUGUUAAAAGUUCAACUCAUCCCAAAGUAUCACGAGAAUCUCAAGAAAACGCAAAUCAGCUGAUAACUUGACCAGUCCACCACCCAAACAAAAAGGAUAACACAAACCACACACACUCAUCAUCAUCAUCAUCAUCAUCAUCAUCGUCAUUUUAUUUAUACACUAAAAUUAUAAAGGAAACAAAAAUUAUCUGCAAAUGCUAUAUAUUUAAUAUAUAUUAUAUAUUGGAUGGUAUAAAAAAAAGAGAACAAAAAAAAAGCGUAAUAAUUAUAAUCAAGUUAACGUUGUCUGGGCAUCGUUACGAUAAUAAUAUAACUAAAAAAAAGUACUAACGAAAUUUAAAGUCGCAGUUAACUAAUGAAAACUGCAAAACAAGAAACAAAAUCUCACAGUCAAGUUUUGUUAAUUGUUGUGAUAACUUUUUGAUUGCCACUAUCAAGCACGAACUGUCAACACCUUUUACCUGAUUUAUUGUAACGAAGAAAAAAAAAAUUCCUCUUUCUUUUUUCUUUCUCUUCUUCCACCUCAAUCUUUUACACUACCACCACCCUCCUCCUCCUCUAUCAUCAUGAUGAUGAUGAUGAUCCUCUCAUGUUGCUGAUGAAAUCAAAUGAACCACUAAUAACCCAUCAUCACCUUUUUGUGUCCUUAAACAAUUUUCUUAAUUUCUUUUUUCUUAUACUGACUAAUUAUGUUCAAUAAUAAACAAAUAAAAACAAGACUUUAAAAAAAAGUAA